UUUAUAAAAUAAUUAGAUACAAACUCCAAUCCGCUAAUUCCACUUUGUCCCUGGGGGUGCUUUUCCAAUUUACAAUAGAUGUUAUUUUGCCUCUUCCUGGAUCCAGCUGGUCCCAGUUAAAUAAACCCUGGUGGUUCCUCUGGAGUGGCUCAAAUUCCUGAUAAUUUAUUCCCAUCCAUGGAAGGCGAAAGUUGGGUCUGAACCAACAUCUGGCAGGGGGAGAAGGGGCCCGUUUUUCCAGGAGGGUUCAUUUGUUCUGGCGACUCUGCAGGAAAAUUGCAAUUUGUGCCAGGUUCUCUUUAAUCUGAUUUAUUUUUGGUGACACAGCCGGGAUUUCUCUGGGAUUUCACAUCCUGGUGGGUUGGAUUUGGUGAUUGAAUUUAUUCAGGGUAAAUCAAUGGUUCUUAUUUCCUGGAAAUAUCCCAAAAUAUGUUUGUUAAUGAACCACGAGGGACAGAAAAUGGAAGUUUAAAUGCUCAGUAUUUUGUGUUUUGUGCUGCUUUAGUGAGAGGGAUGAACAACAGGAGGAGUUUAGGCAAUAAAAUGGGUGAAAACAGGAAUUCUGUGGAGCUGAGGGAGGGGAAGGAGGAUGAAGAGAAAGAAAACUCCAGGAACGAUGGGAAACAUCCUCAAGGACAACUUGGCAUAAAACAGAAUUCCUGUUAUUAUUUUUGUCUUAGGAAAAGGAAUUAACUUGAUCUUAAACCCAAUGGAUCCGAUCUGAUAAUCCCCCUAAAAAGGGGAUCCAAGUGGAAUUUUUUUCACUCUGCUGAAGGGAUUCUUAAAGAUCCAUUAAUUCAGAUUGACAGUGGCCUGAAAACUGGAGUAAAAUAACUUUUAACUCUCCUCUUCAUCACUCAAAAAGUGGGUGAAAAUGGUGAAAAUGCCAUAUUUUUAUUGUGGUAGCGUGAAACCUGGUGAUUGCUUUGUGUUUCCUGGGAAAGCCUUUCUGGUGUGAGGUUGUUACAACGAAACAUUUUCCAUUUAAACGCCCCAAAAAUGUUGGGAAUGGUCCUUCCCUUCCUCUUCUGGAGAGGUUCGAGUGGGAAUUCCACUCCUCAGGAUCUCAGGGAACAUUUCCUUCCUUCUCUCUCGUGUUUUGGGUUUUUUUGUGGUUCUCCAGUGCCCGAGGUCCGAGCACAAACCCCGUGAUUUCCCAGACAGUUGCUGUUCUGGGCUUUCUCCCUCUUUUCCAUGGACACACAAAAGCUCAGAGUUUCCUUCUGCAGUGCUCGGGCUCAUCAAACCCCCCAAAAAUUCUGCAAUCCCUCUUUGUGGCACGGUCAAUCCCAGUUUUUGGAGCCCGUUGGAGGUGAAGUGGCUCCGGGUGGGGCCGUGGGGAGUGCUGGGAUCCCGCUGAAGAUCCUGCCCUGGAAAUGCUGCUCUGCUCCUCCCUCCGUGCUUUCCUCACUGCCCCCUCUGUUCUCCCCCUCCCUCCUGCCCACAGUUAGAGGUGUCCCCUUGCCUUGACAGGUGGAGGAAGGAGGUUUUCCUGCCCCUUGGUGCCCCUUUGCAGCCCUAGGUAGUUGGGGUGGAGACUGAGCCUCCUGUCCUCAAAAAUGUUCAAAACCUGGUGGCAUUUGAAGGUUUUCCAUCUCUUUGAGGAUGAACCACCUUUGAUUUCUGUGUCUCAAGGAUGAGCAACGCGGGUGUGGGAGUUGGUCACCUCCACCCUGUCCCACAAAGUAAACGUGUCCUGCUUCUGAAUUCCUGUUUUUCUUGUGUGUGCCUGAAGUAAUUUCUGCUUCCAUCUUGCCAUGCAACUAAUCUGCCUUGUGGUUUCCUGGAGCUUUCCUGCAAUUUCGGUUCCCAGCACCGCAGGGGAUAUGAACAGUAACAGGGAGACAGGAGAGGAGGCGACGUUUUCGUGUUCAGAGUAAUUCCUUGUGAGGGGAAGAGGAGGAUAACGUGAGGUGUUUCCUUGGGCCUUUUCAGAUAUUUUUAAGCUGAAAAAAAUGCCAUUUCUGGCUGCUGGGGGGGCAGGAGUUGGGCAGUGUCUCCAGCCAGUCUGUGGUGGUGGGAGAUGCAAACCUGGAAUGUUCCGUGGGCAGGGCAGGAGGAAGCUCCUGAAGCUCCUGAGGCUCCUGAAGCUCCCAAAGCUCAGCUCUGUCUGGUUCCUGGGGUGGCCCUGGGGGUGCAGGUCCCUGCUGCUGCUGAGUUGAAGUGUCUGUGCUGUGUUCACUCACCCUGCCUCUCGUUUCUCUCUCUCUCCCCUCUCUUUGUCAAGCAUCGCAGGCUGCAUGUACCGAGUCCUUCAGACCACGGGACCAGAUGGAAAAAACCUCCUGAAAUUACUCCCCAUUUCCAAACCUUCGGGAAGCUUUGUGCCGCUAGUUCAGGCUUCAGCCAUGCCAAAUAGCCCUGCAGGGAACAUCUCCACCCCUGUCCAUCUUACCUUUAAGACCCAGCUCGGCAGUUCCGCUGCACCUUCAUCCGUUAAGAUCUUCCAGUCUCCUAAUCCCGGGAAGAUCAUUCUUACGAGGACGUUAGACAAGCAGGAGGGUGUCAGGGCAGAUUCUGAGAAGGAGGGCUUGGUUCCCGGUGCCAGUGUGCAGGGCAGGGGCUCUGUGCAGGACAUGGCCGUGCCCGGCUCCUCGCCCCAGAGCGGCACAGCUUACAUGGUGGUCAACACAAACCCUCUCCCAGCACAGAACCCCAGCAAGCCCCCGGUGCUGCCCUCUGGCCACCACCUGCAGAUCCCGGCCGACGCCGAGGUGAAGUCUGUCCCGGCGUCCCUGCUGCCCCCGGCCAUCCAGCAGAAAAUCCUGGCGGCCGCAGCCACCUCUGCGUCCGACGGCUCCAAGACACCGACGGUGAUUUAUGUGUCCCCCGUGAACACCGUGAAGACCCCCCAGGCCCUCUCCAAGCGGAUGCAGGCCUUGUGCCCCCGGAGCAGCCACGAGGCUCCCAGAGCCCUGCUGUUGGCAGCAGCCCCAGAGGGGGCCGGUGCUGGCCCGGCCGAGGGCCCGCAGCGCCGCCAGACCCCCAUGAAGUGGAUUGUGCAGGAGGCCACUCCGCUCACCCCGUGCCUCAUCCCCGUGAAAUCCUCCAACAAUGUGGCUUCCAAGAUCCUGAAAACCCUGUCGGACACCAGGAACCUGGGAGUGAGCUCUGCCAACGUCCUGCCCCUGUGCCCCAGCGGGCCCGGGGCCGGCCAGGCCAAGCUGACGCCGCUGAAGGACAACGCCCUGGUCAUGUACAACGGGAAGGUCUAUCUGCUGGCCAAGAGGGGCUCUGACAUCCUGGCAGCCCAGGCUGAGAGACAAACCCCCUCCUCUCCUGAGCCCUCACUCAGAAAGGAGACGCCCCAGCGUGUGGACUCCUCUGCUGUCAACCAGAUCACCAGCAAAGUGGUCAACCUGGUACUGUCCAAGAGCAGAGGGGUGCUGCUGGCCCAGAAGGACCCAAACCCACAGGCAGACCCCCAACAUUCCUCGCCAAACGACUCCAGAGCUGCCCCCGUGGCCCCGGUGCCGGCCGGUGCUGCCCAGCAGGAUCCUGGGACCAUCCAGGGCCAUCCCUGCCCUGCUCCACCCAUGGGAGACACCCCGGGCCCGGCUGGGGGGGCACAGGGGCACCAUAGCAGGGACAGGAGUCACCCCUCACCUGGGGCAGCGGGGGCUGUGUCACCCCAGGGGGAGCAGGAACGGGCUCACAGUGCAGACCGGCCCAAGAUCCGGGGGGAACACAUGGAUUCCCUGGGAGAGCUGGAAACACAACCCCCAAAGCAGCCCCACUGGAAGCAGUACUUGGAAUUAAGGAAAAAAUUUGGGCUCACCAAGGAGGAGAGAGUUUACCUGAGGAGAAUCCCACUGAUCCAGGACUCCUGGAAGAAUCCAGAGGAAAGGGGCUGUUCCAGUGACAGCCUGGAAAGGAGAAGCGAUUCCUGCAGCUCAUCCUCCCUGGAUGUGGAAAUAGGGAACUGCCUGCAGGAAUAUGUUCCAGAGGAAAAGAUCAUCGUGGAUCCGGAGGAGGAUCUGACCAGGAAAAGGAAAAUCAGAUCCUCCCCCCUGUCGGACAGCGGGAAGAGGAGGAGAAACUCCUCCAGAUCCUCCACAAGCCCAAGUUCAGAAACCAUCAAUGCACUUCCCAGGAGCGUUUCACCCCCUCCAGGCUCCCCGGAGCCGAGCAUUCCCACGGGAUCCUCCGGAGCUUCCCAAGGGAGGGACUCGGAGCCAGGGACACCCCCGGCGGGCAGCGCCAGCACGGACUCGGAGAUCCCAGAGCUGGUGGCUCCCGGAGGGGCUCCCUCCCUUCUGGAAGGUUCCUUCCGGGACGAUGCUUUCCCGGCGGCUCCCCCGGACCUGGACGAGACAAUCCGGGACGAGAAGAUCAAGCGGCUGAAGCAGCUCCUGCGGGAGAGGGAGGCGGCGCUGGAGGAGAUGAGGAGGGAGAUGCAGCAGAGCUGAGACCCCCUGGGCCCGCUUUCCUUUGCCAGGGAGAAACCCCCGAUGGAAUAAGCAGCCUCAUGAAUUCCAGGCUGUGGGUGUGUUUGGAAUUCCGUGUGGAAUGCCGGGAAUGGGAGACUUGGAGCGUCUGAUCCCGCCCUGGGACAUGGCCCGGCACGGGCAGCAGAGUUUCCAUCAGCACAGGGCCAGGUUUGGGGCUGGCAAAGGAAUUGUGCAAUCCCAGGGCCUGGUGCAGGCUGGGAAGCCCCUGGGAAGCUGUGGAUGUGCUUUGGGUUGUUCUUCUCAAAUGCAUGAGAACUUUUUUGGUGAAUCCCUGGGAACUUUUUUGUGAACCCUUAAGAACUUUUUCAGUGAAUCCCUGGGAACUCAUUUUGUGAAUCCCUGAGAACAGUUGUCAGGCAGAAGGCUGUGAGCGCUCCGUGGGUUACUGGAUGUAUUUAAGGGAUGUGGGAAUGGGACUGUCAGGCAGUGACAGUGCAGAUAUUUAUACAAACCCUGGAGAAGGAGCCCUGGCUCUCCCUGUGGUUCCUGUGAGCCUUUAUAAGGCCUUGACCAGCUGUGCAAUGUGGGGCUUUGCCCAGCUGGGAGGGUGGGCUGUGGGUUUUUUAACCAGAACUCUCUCAAUAAUAAUUUCUUCAGCCCCAGGUGGUGUCUGUAACAUCCCUGGUGUUGUCUCUGGAUUUGUUGUUCCUGGACGUGGCUUGUGCCACCCCCAGCUGAUGGUCCCUUGGUUGGUGUGUGGGGUGGGAUGACUUUGGACCCCCACCCUCUCUUGUCCGUGUCUUUGGCUCCUGCAGCUCCUCCCUCUCUCUGACAACAAUUAAGAAAUUUUUAUUUUUUCCCA